AUGGUGAGCUGGAAACUAUAUGAGGAGGAAUGGAUUAAGUGCAACACUGACGGUGCGAGCAAAGGAGAUCCUGGUCAGAGUACGUAUGGAUUCUAUAGUAAAAACAAUGAAGGAAAUCUAAUCUAUGCAGAAGCACAUAACAUAGGAGUGGCUACUAACAUGGAAGCAAAGGGUAUGGCUAUUUGGAAGGCAUUACAGUUUUUCUUAAUUCAGGGCUACCAACAGGAAACAAACGCUCUUUCUUGGAGAAAUAUGUUGGCCCAUAAUUGGAAAAUCUUGUGGGAGUUGCUAGAAAUGUUAGAAAACAUUCAGGGAAUCAUGUCUCAAAUGAAUACUACAGUCAAACAUAAUUUUAGGGAAGCUAAUCAACUAGCAGACUAUAUUGCUAAUUUAGCUAUAGACAAGGAGGAAAAACAACAAUUCCAGCACUACAAUCAGAUACCAAGCAUGGGAAUGAAAAUUCUUAGUAUUGACAAACACCAGAUUCCUUCAAUCAGAGUUAAAACAAGGAAAAUCAAAAUCAUCAAUUACAACUAA